AUGAAAGCGAUUUACGAGGACGUCAUUCAGCCAUCGCCGUUGGUACUUUUCUCGUCACUCCCAAUCUCGGCCCCAUUCGAUCAAGCUAGCCUCUCAAUCGAUUCUCAGCUCAGUUCGGACUCUUUUAUCGCCCUACUCGACGAUACCACUCAACAGAUCGCUGGCUCUUCUUCCAAACCACUGAUAUACUACCAUCCUUCAUACAAGCCCUCUUCAUCAGAGCUCAGCGGCCCAACCAAUUUACUGGGCGAUCAAGAUAAGACUUGGCCGGUCCGCUCAAUUGUCCUGCAUAUUCAAUCUCCAAACUGCAAAAAUACAUUCAUCAGGUUCCCUCCCUUUAAUAAGGAUCGUAAUUGCCAUCCUGUUUUAGGAAUCGAACUACCAUUUCUACAUCUCCAAAUCAAACCUCUGGACCAUACGUUCAUGAUCGAAGUGGGCGUUCGGGACCAAGCGGGAGAUCGAAUUUUGAUCAGGGCUUCGACGUUUCAAACUGAAACAAAAUUGUACCCGCAUUCAGAAUCAAGUAAUUCUCAAAGUGGCCCUUACAAACUUGUUCAUUUUCCGCUAGUAUUUCCCACCUCGGAAGCCUACACGCAAACGAAAUGGAAUGAUUUACUUUUACCUCUUGAUAGCUUGAUCCCCACACGAUACCACUCAACAGACUUCGUCCAAGUUCAUGCUAGUGUCCGACUAAGGAGGAUUUAUUUUACCAAGGAUGGAAGGCACGCUUCCUCGCAUUCAAACAGAAAUCAGGACGGAUUGGAUCUCGAUUCUAAGCAAGUGCUCACAGCUGAAGGCGCUCCUAUCAUUUCUGCCAAUUUACUUUAUCUCGAUGUCUUGACCGAAAUCGCAUCCGCGGGAACCACGUUCGAGCACAAGAAUGCCUCGUUGACCGGUGUCGGUAAGGCCAGUAUCGGAGUAGAGAUCUUGAAGGGUCUGUUGAGCGGAGGCGCACAUGUAAUUGUGACCACUUCUCGUUACUCUCGUGCGACGGUGGAAUACUACCAGGCUAUUUACCAAGAAGUUGGAUUGCGCGGCAGUCGACUCACCGUCCUUCCUUUCAAUCAGGGAUCCAAGCAGGAUGUUGAAGACAAGGGGUUGGCCAUGGACCUCGAUUACAUCUUGCCCUUCGCAGCGAUUCCGGAGAACGGACGAGAAAUCGAUGGUUUAGAUGACCGCUCCGAACUUGCUCACCGAGUGAUGCUGACCAACCUGCUUAGAUUGAUGGGCGAGGUCAAGAAGAAAAAGCAUGCUCUCAAACUCGUCACCCGCCCUACCCAAGUUGUCCUGCCGCUGUCCCCCAAUCGCGGCGACUUCGGUAACGAUGGUCUCUACUCUGAUUGA